AUGUUUUCAGGCAUGUUUCGACGGCGACAGGCCGCUGACCCCGCCGCGGCCGAGUCCCCCGCUGUAUAUCAAGUGCCUUUGUACACCAAUGCAGCCUAUUAUCCGAACUGGCGAAUCUACAAAAAACAACCUCCGUCGUCCUUGCGCCUGGGCUUCAUCUCUCACGUAUUUUACGCCUUUGCUUGGGUCAAAGAGGAUGGCACAAUCUACUUAAGUGAUGAAUGGGCCGAUACGCAAAUGCCGGUCGAUGGCACAGAAGGCUGUCUUCGUGCUUUUGUGCAGUUGAAACAACAAUAUUCCCAAAUGCGGGUGAUUCUCUCGGUGGGCGGUGGUGGGAAAGGCAGUGAAAACUUUGCGGCUGUCGCUCGAUCUCGAUCGCUGCUGGAUAGAUUCGUUCAAAGCGCACGCAUCUUGGUGGAGCAAUUCGGACUGGAUGGCAUUGACGUGGAUUGGGAACACCCUGCAGACCCCCAGCAGGGCCAGGAUUACGUUCGUCUGCUGGCCACAUUGCGCGAGGCUUUGCCAGCUCCCCGCUAUGUGCUGGCCUCUUGUCUGCCUGCUGGUCAAUGGGCUCUGCAACACAUUGAUUUGGCUGCAGCUCACAAAUAUCUUGACCUGCUAAAUCUCAUGGCGUACGAUUUUUCGGGACCCUGGAAUCCGCAAACCGGCCACCAAGCUCAGCUCUUCGGCUCGCCCAUCUCCGGCAGCGCGGCAGUUGAUUAUGUCUUGUCGCAAGGUGUUCCCUCCAGAAAAGUCAUCUUGGGCGUUCCGGUUUACGGACGAUCAUUCCUCGGCAGUGAUGGACCCGGACAGCGCUAUACUGGUGCCGGCGGCGAAGACGGCGUCUUUGAUUAUUCUGAAUUGCCGCGAUCAGGGUCGACUGAGUAUUACGACAAAGCUGCCGGUGCUGCGUCGUGCGUUGGACCCGACGGCGGCUUCGUCACAUACGAUAUUCCUGCUACGGUCCAACAAAAGGCCGAAUUUGUAACGUCGUCCAAGCUGGGGGGUCUUUUUUACUGGCAUAUCUGUUCCGAUGCUCGAGGACCGCGCAGUUUGAUUGAGACAGGAUACAAUACACUUCAUGAGAUGUGA